UGGUGAUCAUGGCUGCCAUUGAGGAUAUCCUCCAUGGCGAUUCGUGCCAUGUGGUUUUCGUCCCAGCCUAACUUUCACGAGGAUUCGUAUACAUGCUGCGAAACGAAACUUCCCAGAGGCAUGGGAACACCCUCCCAGAUACUCUUGCUUGGAGUAACAGCGGUGGCAUUCCUUUUCCCCGCUUACCCUAAGUUGCUCUGCUGGGUCCAUUUUGGAUCGUCUCUUGUCAUAACGGUGAUAUCCGAGUCGUGUGACCUAAUAAAAUCGUUCGCAGUCCAUCCCUUAACGAACAAUGCAAUCAGUACAUGAAGGCAUUGUCCGAAGGACAACUGAGCCACUGC